AUGCCGAUGAAUUGCAAUGCAAUUUAUAGCGAGCUUGAGGCUUUGAAAUCGAACGUGGGGAGUAUAAACGAGAAGAUGGCUCAAAAGUAUCUUGGAGCCCUAUCUAAUGUUGCCAUAAAUGACGAUAAUUUUGAUAGCAUUUCCUUUACUAAAACGCUCGCCAAGAUUCUUGAAUGCGCACCACAGUCUGAAAUGCUAGACGAAUAUCUGACAUUGAGUUUAUUUGAGGUUCCAAUGAAAGUUGACCUAACUACUGACCAGGACGUGGAAAUUAUACAAUCACUAGUCACUAUUUUCUUGUAUUUUCUUUCGGGUCCAUUUCACGGGAGGAAAUCAACCUUCAUUUCAAUAAUGGUCUACAUGUUAUCGGGUCCCUCUAUCUUGGAACUGGUUUGUCAUAAGCUAGCUGGCUCAGAUAUAACAUCUAUCUUACUCAUCAUUGAUUUACUUUCAAAAUUCCUGCUACGUGUUUUUGAGUUGCAAAAUGACGAGCUGCUGAUCAGGUUUAUGGCUAAGUUAAUGGAGGAGAAUACGUUUUCUAAUCUAUGCAAAAUCUUAGCUUUUUAUGAGGAAGAAUUGACACGAAAUCAAAAUUGGAAACAUUUUUUGAAGAUUACGAAGCUCGUUUACUCGUAUCUUUCUAACUGCCCAAUUGACCCCAAUGAUAAGACGCACUCAAAGCUCAUACGUAAUGUUCAAACAGCAAUGAAUCAUUUCAAUGAAGGUUUCAACCACAAGAAUAAUUAUGAACAACUACCACAUGACAACCAGGAGAUUCUAGAUAAUGUUUCAAAUUUGACACUGUUAUCAGCUGUUCAUGUCAUUUCAUCGUUUUCGAAUCCAAGUAUGGUUUUCCAAAAACAGUUCGCUGAGCAUCAAUUAUUCAAUAAGCCGAUCCCUCCACAUUCUUUGUAUGAACUAGCCAGAGGCAUCACUUCAGCAAUGGAUCCAAAUAAUCUCUCGCAUAGCAAGCUUAUAAAUAUGCCCAUUCAAUUCAGUGAAGAGCUUUUUGAAGUGCUCUUUCUUUGCUCCAUAGACUUCUGGGAUUCAUUUAAAGCUGACGCAAAUGACAUACGGGUAUUGCUUCAUCAUGUGGCUCACCUAUUUGUUUACUUUGAUCACUUGGUGGAACUCAAACAAUUUGAAGAUGCAAUAGACAGUCUCAGAAACAUGGAUUACGAAGCAUUCAGACAUAUCGAGUUGGGAAAGAUUAAAAAUGAUAGUCAAGAGUGGUGGAACAAAAAUUGUGAUGACUUCAACAAAAUUAUGUACGAUGAGACAAUUGGUUUCGUCAAGGAUCAACAUCUAUUAAUGCUUUCAAGAGGCACCUGGGUUUUAUCUGCAAAUCCAAUAAGUCCAAAUGGAAGUAAUAGAAACUCGCCUUAUUACUUUAUGAUAUUGUCCACAAAUCACAGGGCAAUGCUUUAUAAGGAGUUUUCCAAGAAGCCUGACAAGAAACCGAAUAUCGACAAGGAUGGUGCGAAAAUUGAGUUCAGUCAAAUUUCGGACAUUACUUACCAGCCAAUGACAAAAAACAUCGAGAAGACAAAUCUGAUUAGCAUUGAAACCCGGAUACAAGUUAAUAGGAUAGACAUAAAACUUAAAAACAAGGGAUUAUUUUCAUUCUAUGUCAACACGAUAGAUGACUUAUAUAUCUGGCUGGAUGGCCUUCGAAUGCUGCUUUCAAAUUCGACAAGACUAUCACAUGAUACGGAGCAACAAAUUUUUUGGCUUUCUAGCAUAAGGAAACAAGCACAAUUUCUUGAGCUUGCAGUCAAACAAUGUGAUCAGUUGGAUCAUUAUAGCAAUGCUUUUGUGGAAAAUGACAAACCUAAAUCAUCAGAAGAUCUGACAGAGAUAAAUAGCAGGUUCUAUUUCACUUAG